GGGACAGGACGGGGAGGGGACCGGGGUCUGCGGGGGGGGGUGCAGUACUCCUACCUCCUGUUUCUCCUCGCGCGGGGCUCAGGCGCUCCGGGACCCGGACACUCAAGGCAGUGGUCAGGUGAGGUGACUACUGCCAGCCGGUGACCCCUGGGGAGCCGCGGGAGAGCGCCUGUCUCUGCGGGGGGCCUGAGCCCAAGCCCAUCAGAGCUCCACGGUGGGGUCCCACUCGGAGGCAAGUGUGGCUCUCAGCCCCCCUCGGUCCCCACCCCCUCGGGUGCUCUCUGACCUGCUCUCUCGCUCGCUCUGAAACCAAGAAUAAAAGCAUAAAAAAGAAUGAAAUAAAAUAAAGAUCAAGAAAGGAGCAAGGAAACCUUAAGGGCACAAUAAGCACCUAAUGGCUGGGAAGGAUCAUUUUGUUCCUAUCGCUCUGACCACUGUGAUUCCCUCAUUUUCCUCCCUCCUCCUGCCCAGAGGGAUGAUGCUGCAUCUCCCGGGGCCGUGGCCGCUGCUCCUGCUUCUGCUGCUGGGAUCAUGGGGGCCGGUGCCUCCUGCUGCUGCUCAGCCUCCAGGCUUCACCGCCGUUCAGUGGUUUAACACCCAGCACCUAAGAGCGAAUCAGGUGCAAUGCAGAACUGAAAUGCCUCAGAUCAAUAAUCUGCUUCCCAGAUGUAAGGGGCAAAACACCUUUCUGGUUGAGUCCUUCCAAAACGUGGUUGCUACCUGUCAACAGCCCAACAGGACCUGUAAGAAUGGCCUGGGAAACUGCCACCAGAGCGCAGGGCGGGUGAACAUGACCUACUGCCUUCUCAUUGGGCGCCGGCCCCAGUGCACCUACAGUACUACGUACCAGAACCGGUUCUACAUUGUUGCCUGUAACGACUCGCAGCCAGGCUACCCUCCCAAUCUUCUGCUUCCCGUCCACUUAGACGACACCGUCCCGCUGGGUCCUACACACUUCGGUUAAGACCAAGGUGGCCAUCGCGGUCGCUCCCCCUGGGCCAGGCUCUCUCAUGAUGUCUCUGCUUUCUCUUUCCUUUGUUGAUUCCCAUGGUUCCCAUAGAAGAAAUAAGUAAAGGGCCAAGAUGUGAGACGAGAGUAAGGGACAGCAGACAUUGGAAGCUUUUCAGAUUGGGAGCUCUGUGUGAUUGAAAGGAAGGCAAUAGGGCAGAGGGCCAAGAACGGCCCAGGCCCCAUGGUUUUCCUCUUGCACCUUCGGCCAAGCUUCCUUGCACCUGUUCUCAGCAAUAAAAUCACUUUCUCCUGCA